AGCCAGGAUUAAUGGAGAAUCCUAUUUAGGAAAACACCCUUUGAUGAAGAAAGCACAAAGCAAAGAGGAAUUUUUGCACGGAUGUUUCCAAUUGUGCCGGGCACAGGAACAUCAGAACCAUCUCUGGGAGAGCUCCUGGGGCACUGCAGACCCCUUGGAAUGAGAGGGGAGCCUUGACUCAGCCCUGAGCAUCAGCCUGGCUGUGGUUGAGGAUUAUAAGAGCUGUUUUGAUCAGGGGAAAAUUUCUGUUUUUAGCACAGGCAGCAAUUAAAAUAGCUCAGGAAUCUCAACGCCUCGGGGAGCUGUCAUAAAAGGAGGCAGAAAAUCCAUCUUCUGGACUCCUCUGCACCAGAGAUGAGCCUGGAGGGAGCAGAGCAGAAGAGAGCCUGAGUUUCACCUGGUGAAAAAGGACAACCAGAGGCACCGAGCCGGAGCCAGCGCUUGGAUCCCGGGAUGGCUGUGGAGGAUCUCCGGGCUCCCAGCACCCCUUUCUCGCUCUCCUUCUCGGGCAGUGGUUUCCUGGCCCUGUACCAGGUUGGGGUGGUGCAGUCCCUCCUGGAACUGGCUCCCGAGCUCCUCAAAUCCGCGUGCAAGGUCUAUGGAUCCUCAGCGGGGUCCCUGAUCGCCGCCGCCGUCGUGUGCGGGAUCGGGCUGGAUGACCUGAAGGAAUUUUUCUUUGCCCUGGCAGCAGAAGUCAGGAAAACCAUCCUGGGCCCCCUGUCUCCCAAGUGCAGCUUGCUGGCCAAUAUCAAGGCUGUUCUGCAGCGAAUGCUCCCAGAGGAUUCCUACCAGUUGGCUUCAGGGAGGCUGCACAUCUCACUCACACGGGUGGCAGAUGGCCAGAAUGUCAUGGCCUCGGAGUUCAGCUCCAAAGAGGAGCUCAUUCAGGCUCUCCUCUGCAGCUGCUUCCUUCCUAUUUACUGUGGAUUCAUCCCUCCAUCCUACCGAGGAGUGCGCUACGUGGACGGGGGGUUCACUGGCCUGCAGCCCGUGUCCAGCCUGGAGGAGCCCGUGAUCACCGUGUCCCCCUUCACCGGAGAGCUCGACAUCUGCCCCCGGGACUGUCCUGCCAUCUUCUUCUGCUUCCAGAUCUUCAACGGCAGCGUCCAGAUCUCCAUAGAGAACCUCUGCAGGAUCAGCUACGCUCUCUUCCCACCCAGCACCAUGGUCUUGAACGACAUUUUCUCCCAGGGGUACCAGGACACUGCCCUCUUCCUGUACAGGAACAAUGCCUUUGGAUUCAACUACUUCGAUGGCAAUUUCCGCUUCGGCAGCACCUGUGGGAAAAACAACUCCACCCAAUCCAAGGGGACACACCCCGGCCUGUACAGGAGGGUCCCUGAGAGCCUGACUCCUUACUUCCUGCCAGGCUUGUGGAAGAAGGAGCAGAUGAAUGGACUGCAGGAUCCCCUGGCCAGGAUCCUGUUGCAGCCAUACAGGCUUCCAGCUUUAUUCAGGAAGGGGGUGAAGAAGGUGUGGGGGCUGCUGGAAGGUGUCACCUCCCUGGUACAAGGACUCCAUAAACUCCUCCAAACCUUGGUGCCUGGUUUGCCCAAGAGAGCCGUGGACAGGAGGUAACUGUCCUGGACAGGCCCUGGGGGUCUCUGAUGGUUCCACUGCCUCGGGAAGGGAUGGGUGAGAACAGAGCUCAUCUCACACACCAGCACGGCUGCUGGCUUUCUGUGGAGUAUUUUGGAGGGUGUUUUUUUUCACUUGGGAGCUGAUCCUGCCUCCAGUGCUGCUGCCCCUGCUCAGGCCUGACCUGCUCUAACCUGACAGGCGAGGCAAAGCUCUGGUGCUGCUCCUGUGACCCAGCAGAGGCUGCAGGAGCCACUGGGCAGCUUCACCUGCAGGCACCCACAGCCCAGCACCUGCUUCCUUCCCCUCUCUCCCUCCUCAUCACCAGCAGCCUCCCAUCCCUUCUUUUAAUGCAGAUUACAGGGCAGGAAUUUGCCAUGAAAGGCCACAUUUUAAGUGUUUUCCUCCCACUCAAAAACUUCCAGAGCAGUUUCAUCUGAGCAAGGGAGAAGCCUUAGGGAGCAUCACACUGGGCAGGAACCAAUUUUUGUCCAGUUCUCUGAAGAUACUUUACCAAUUCUCUAUCCUUGAGCUUCACACACCCCCAUAGCUCUGCUUCUCCUGCCUGUGGAGGUGGGAGAACAUUUGGAUCCCCCUCAAAUUUGCAGCUGUGGACAAGAAUGGAGAAACCUGAAGAUUGACCUCCUCCUACUUCAGAGUCCUGCAGUCUGUGCAUUCCCUGACAUUUCACAGAUAAAUGAGUUCUUUUCAGGGAAUUGUCUGUAAUUUGCAGCCACCCACAGUGCAGGGCCCAGGAAAACACCUCCUGUGUCUCUGGUCUGUAUAGAGAAUUAACUGGCAGCUCUCUUAAUUAUCCCAAAUCCGAGCUGCACAUCAGAGACUGAUGGGUUGGCUUCCACCUGAGUCUCCCCUAUUUGAUGGUUCCCAAUGGACAACAAAUGGAUCCCAACAACACAAACUGUUUAUGUGAAUAAAGAGCCUGUUUAAUUGCACAAAGGGAAAAGGAACAGAGGGAAGUUUCAUCCAAAGGGCCCUGGGGACUGCAGGCAUGAAUGUGGGGAGCAGCUGAAGGCUGCUUUGAUGUAAAGAGAUCCAAAGUUAGCUCUGAAUGCUCUGUGAAAGAUUAAUACACCAAGUUCUGCUAUCUUUGGUUGAAAUCAGGGACUUGGGAAUAUUUUCUCUGGAAUGAGCUUGCAAAAAAGAAACUUGGAUGCUUAUUUCAUAGAAUCGUGGAAUGGUUUGGGUGGGAAAGGUCCUGGGCUUCCUAGCAAGCACCUCCAGGCAGGAUAUUCCCAUUUCAGUCAGACUCAAGCAGUUACACUUCAAAUGGCAAUUAAAAUCCCCCAAAGAAAAUUUUCCUUUUUUUUUUUUUUUUGGACACCCAAAUCCACUAAAUGUGUCUGCAAAUCUCAGCCACAAACAGGAGCACAGUUUGAACUGCCCAGUGUGUCCCACCUGCCCCUAUGAUGCUUACUCAUAAAAACUCAGUAAAACUUCAAGAACUUCAACAAAA